AUGAAGAAUUAUGGCUUAGAAGAUGAUUUAGUGACUGUGAUGUCAAACCAAAACAAUGAUUUUGAAGAACAAACUUUGAAGCCUCUAAGUGUGUUAAUUCGUUGCUCUGUGCAUACUUUACAACUUUGUGUAGAAGAUGCACUUAAAUCAACAUCAGAUCAAAAAUUAGUUUCUAAAAUGAGAGAGAUAGUGAAAAAACUAAGAACUCCAACAGUAAUUCGAAUGAUAAAAGGUCUUCAUCCAAAAGCAAAAGAGGCGAUCAUUGAUGUGGAGACUCGAUGGAGUAGUUCUUAUGUCUCCAAUACAUUUAAAGAAUUGAAUGUAACUGAUAAUCAAUGGCAGAAAACAGAAAUUUUAGUAAAAGCUUUAUUACCUGCUAAGCAAGCCACAGUUCAACUUCAAAAAGAAGACCUUACUAUUGGAGAUUUCUAUGGAAUUUGGCUUAAGUGUUGCAGAGAUACUAAGAAAGUAGGUUCAGGCUUUUCUAAGAUUUUAUCUACUUUAAUGGAAAAAAGAGAAAAAUUACUGUUGGAUAAUCCUAUUUUUUUAGCUGGUAUCUAUUUAGACCCAAGAUUUCAAUGUCUCCCAAAUGAUGACUCCAAGUAUAAAGCAAUUAAUAUUUUAGUUGAUGUGUGGAAGAUGAUUUUAUGGUUAGAUAAAAAUUCAAUGCCGAUUUCAAACAAUGAAAUUAUUGAAUCUGCAACUCAUUGUGAGGUUGACAAUCAUAAUUUUUCAAAUGUUGAAGAUGAUGAUUUGGAAAAUUUUAUUAAAACUAAAACAUAUAUUUCUAUACAAGAACAAAAUGAAAGUGUUGAAGCAAUACCAAUUCGUUUGUUGUUACAAAGCUAUGAUAAUAUUCAACGUUUACAUCAUUCCACGAGUAUUAGACAGUAUUGGCAGGAUUUGAAGUUGAUUAAACCAGAGAUAUUUAGAUUAGCACAAGUAAGUGCUCUAAGUGUAAGCCUAAGUGUUCCUGUUACUCAAGUAAGUACUCAACAUUUUUGGAUUAUUAAUAAUUGUACUCUUUAG